AUGACCGUCACAUAUGAUACCCCCACCCGGGGGUCACACACCUCCAUGGCAACCCUCGAGGACCGCUUCGAAGUCAUCAAGGAGAUUGGCGAUGGAAGCUUUGGUAGUGUUGCCGUCGCACGAGUACGGACCGCCGGUGCUCAUAUCGCUCGCAGAGGCACUAUGGUUGCAAUCAAAACAAUGAAGAAGACAUUUGAUUCAUUGGGUCCAUGUUUAGACCUGAGAGAGGUCAUCUUCCUUCGGACAUUACCUAUUCACCCCCACCUCGUCCCUGCCCUGGACAUCUUCCUUGAUCCCCUCUCCCAUAAGCUUCACAUCUGUAUGGAAUAUAUGGAUGGCAACUUAUACCAGUUGAUGAAGGCCCGUGAUCACAAAUACUUUGAAGGCAAGCAUGUCAAGAGUAUUCUCUACCAGAUCUUGUCCGGACUGGACCACAUUCACGCACACCACUUCUUCCACCGCGAUAUUAAACCCGAGAAUAUCCUCGUGUCGACUUCCGCUCCCAAUGAUUCUGCUUUCAGCCGCUACUCUAACCUUGUCACCCCUCCUUCCACCCCUCCUGUCUACACUGUGAAGAUCGCCGACUUUGGUCUUGCUCGUGAGACCCACUCCAAACAACCAUACACCACAUAUGUCUCCACACGCUGGUACCGCGCACCUGAAGUGCUUCUACGAGCGGGAGAAUAUUCGGCACCAGUCGAUAUGUGGGCGAUGGGCGCCAUGGCGGUCGAAAUUGCUACGUUGAAGCCCCUGUUCCCUGGGGGGGAACGAGGGAACUGGUACAGCAAGUCGGGCGCUAAGAUUGGUGGUGGUGAAUGGCGUGAAGGAUCGCGCCUGGCCCACAAGCUCGGUUUCACAUUCCCCAAGAUGGCACCUCACGCGAUGGAGUCCGUGCUUCAGCCCCCGAUGUGGCCCGCGGCAUUUAGCGAGUUCGUCACAUGGUGCCUCAUGUGGGACCCUAAGAACCGCCCAACGUCUACCCAGGCGCUUAAUCACGAGUACUUUGCCGAUGCGGUUGAUCCGGUGCGACCCAAGUCCUCCACCUCGUCGAGACUGCUUGGCCGCAAGCAGUCCGAGAAGAGCUUCAAGUCACCAAUUCUCACCCCCGGUGACUCUCCUACGUUGUCUUCGAAACCUUCAUGGUUCCGAAGAUCAUUGGUCGUUCGGUCAGACAGCCCCGUACCUGCUGCAGAUGACAGCCCUGCUCGGCCACCAGCUGUUGCGCAAGUCACUGUGCCUGAGAUCCAGGCCAUCAAGCCGCGUCCCGCGAACCCCAAGCGGGCUACUUGGGCAAACGGUGCCCCAAUGCCAAUUCUUCCUUCUAUCCGUCCCGUCUCCCCCCUCUCCAACUCAGUUACGGCACAGGCAAACGCCACUGUGGCGCACAGCGAGGCUUCCAAGUCCUCCGACACAUCAGCUAGUUCAAAGAUCGGCCGUCAGUUGUCUGUCAAUUCCAAUGGGAAUCACUACUCGGACGCAAAUCGUCAAGAAGCUGAAAGGAUACUCAAUGGUUCCGGGACCCACACUCCAACCACAAAGGAGAGUUUCUUCUCGCAUCUGCGCAAACGCGCCCGCAGAUUGUCUGGGCGAAACCAAUCAGCACCUGCUGACGACGUUGAGGCUAACGCAGGUUGCAUCCCCUGGUCGAACCGUUCAUCAGUGGCUCUUGAUGGGCCUACUAGUGAUCCAAAGCAAGGUUCCGACUUGACCGAGCUGGACAAGGCUCUCCAAUGUGUCAAGUACUCCUUGGACUCGUCUACAAUGAGCAACGUCCCCGUGCACUUGCACAAUUCCGCUGACGGCAACACCAAGCGUCAGUCAAUGCCUCAGGCGACUAGCAGCAACGCAGCUCCUAUCUCCAGUAGAACUCGACGUGCCAUGCAGAUGUCUACCCACCCGGUUCACCGGUACGAGACUCCUGAAGAAGAAGACGAGUUGCUUGACGAGGUGUUGCACACCGCCAGCAAGGCGGCUAGACGCCUGGCUCAGACUCAGUCAAUGGCUGUCGAUUCGCACAGCCGUAUCCACCGACAGUCCGACAACUCCCGUGCAGCGCAGAACCCCUACCCUACGCCGUCACCUACGGCCAAGGAUAAUGCCACGUUUGGUCAACAGUCGACACCUAGCAAAUUGAACAUUCACAAGAUUGAUCCCACGGCGCCAAACCGCCACUGGCCCACCCCUCCUUACGAGGAGGCCGAGUUUCACAACAAGAAACCGGACUACUUCGCCCGUGGAUCCAACUACAUCUGA